CAAAAUCCAUUUUCUGAAAAGAGAGGAUUACUAACAAAAUAUACUUUGUUAAUCGUGGGAUAAUGAAGUGAACUGUUUGAAACGCCUGAUUUAAAACUUAGCUGAAAUAUAACGACUAAUAUGACACAAGAAAAGAUUUUUGUGGAACUGCUCCUGAUCCUUGCAAUUAUAAUACCACUGGGGUAUGGCCAAAAUAGCAGCCUCAAGAUCAACACAAACCUGAAAGAUGUCGAAGCUGGGGCCGUGGCCCUGCCCUCGAUCCAGGGCCCGGGGAACAUUUGCAUCCGCGAGGAGCCCUACGUGGAGCACGUCCAGGUGCCGGAGAUGCAACCGGUGCGGGUCCGUACCUCCAGUUGGUGCAUGGAGAUCCCGCCGAGGUGCGCCACAUACAAGACGGAAAUGCGCGAGGUGAUGAAGGUCCAGAAAUUAAACAAGACGCGAAAAGUUCGCUUUUGUUGUCAAGGCUACGAGGGAAAUCUUUCGGAUAGCCAGGCCACUUGCAAGCCCAUUUGCCGGGGCGGUUGUGGGCGUGGCAGUUGCGUAAUGCCCGAAAUUUGCAGUUGCGAGGAGGGAUAUAUUGGCAAACAUUGCACACAGCGCUGCGAUCACGAUCGCUGGGGACUGGACUGCAAGAAUCUGUGCCAGUGCCAAAAUGGAGCAGCCUGCGAUAACAAAUCGGGUCUGUGCCACUGCAUAGCCGGUUGGACUGGCCAAUUCUGCGAACAGUCAUGUCCCCAGGGAACCCACGGCAUCAUGUGUCGCAAGGCCUGCGAUUGCGAUGAGAAGCCUUGCCAUCCACAAACGGGAGUCUGCAUCCUGCAGGAUCAUCCGCUAGAGCUGAAUGUGAGCCACGUCAUCGUGGAGACUGUUAACUCUACACUGGAGAAAAUGGGGAUAAUUCCACGCCCAACCACUCCUCUUCCCAUGCCGGAGGUCAUAGUGAUCAAGCAACCAGUUACCCACGAUAAUGCCCAGCACUCGCCCAAGAUCAUUGUCCACCAGUCGGGCAGUGAACUGCUCGAGAAUCUUCACUCGGCGGCAGCCGCUGGUGUUCCCACUCCGGAGGUCAUCCAUGUCAUAACCAAUGGGAUCACCUCGCCGCAGGAACAUCUGGCCGGAUUCGUGGGAGGCGGCUCCAACUCAAGCCAGGCGGCGUCGGAUCAUCAGUCCGGUUUGGUCACCACCCUAGUCAGUAUUAUGCUGCUCCUGCUGAUCGCAAUCGCGGUGGGCUCACUCUACAUUUAUCGGAGAUAUCACCAUAAACAUUCAGCCGUAUACAAUGCCAACGGGACUGUGACCACACUGCCUGCAAAUCCGGAGGUGGUGCUUACCGAGGCCGCUGCUCUGGGCAAGAACUUCCACGAACCACUGCCCCAACCGCCAGUGGUCUUUGCAGUUACGCCCCACUCGAACGAGGCAGCACCAGAAUUGUAUGACACGCCCAGCAAUAACUCGUCGAUUAAAACACCGCCCUAUGCCUAUGCUAGGAAGGAGUCCCUGUAUUCGGUGGUCUCGCCAAAGUCGCGAAAGGGCAGCCUGGAUUCGCAUCUGUACGACGAGAUUCGCUACCACCAGCAGCACCACCAUAAUCAGCACCACCCAAGGAACCACCAGCACGUCCAGCACUCCACAACUGCCUCCGCAUUUUUGCCGGCCAGGACACAAGUGAUGGCAGAAAAUGAGCAGUUCGCCAGCGGGAAUCAUCAUUCCCAUCAGCGACCUCACCACGUCACCCACUUGAUAAUUCCGCCACAGAACGCCAACUUUUUGCAGGUUCCUGCCCAAAUCACAGCCAAAAGAAUUGCCCACCUGUAAGGAUGCGCCGAAAUAUUAUGCCAACAGUCUUUACAAGAAUAAUAUACUUUAAUGCAUUACC